AUGUUGGCUCAAACCGAGCUAUCGUUAUGAUGUUAGGAGGCAGAUAACGAAGGUCCGCCUUGAACCAAAAUGUCGUCAGGCGCGUCCUAACAGGAGUUAAGGACGUAACACAUUUUACCCGGCGCCUGAUAUCUGUGACGCUGUUGUGGUUGACCUCAGAGCUCGAGCUCAGAACGGCAGCGGGAGAGAAGUCAUCGCUUCUCCUGCUGCAUUUUAUCACACUGCGUAGGCUUACAGCAGGUUAAGCCUGGAACCAGAUGUCAUCCAAGAUGAACCCUUAUGAGUGAAAUUGAGCCCAUUCAGUAAGCUGUUAGCUUCCAGUGGACAAAGCCAUGCCUGAAGAUUAGAGACUCUUCUUGCUUACAGCAAUACGAAUAUACAGAAGAUUCCUCAUGAGUCUUCAUGUAGACCUCCAUGUGUUCGUCCUUCUGGAUUGAAUCCCCCCUCCCUUCUAUAAUAUAAGAUCUCUCCCUUUCAUACCACUCCUCCUUGCGCUCUCAUGUCCACCUGGGAACAUGCAACUGCAUCUGAGAAUGUCUCCAACCUAGUCUCAUGCGUCCAGUGAGUGGAGAGUCAGACGGCCCUGCCCCUGAUAUAGUAUCGCUGGCCUUCCCUGUGUCAAGGCCCGUGUCCUCAGAGAUGUCCUCACUGCAGUCACUUGGGCCAGUACAGAGCUGGCUGUGUCAAGAGCUGGAGAAAUGUGGCAUAGAUGCAAUGAUCUACACCCGCUAUGUCCUUAGCUUGCUACUGCAUGACAGCUAUGACUAUGACCUGCAGGACCAGGAAAAUGACAUCAUCCUGGGAUGGGAAAAAGGAGCAGGGAAGAAAUGGGGGAAGAGCAAGAGGAAGGGAGGAACUGAUCUUAGUCUGGAAGAGAUGAAGAAACAAGCUGCGGUGCAGUGUUUGCGUUCAGCAUCUGAUGAGAAUUCUGGAAUUGAAAGCUUGGUUGAAGAGCUUUGCUCCAAACUCAAGGAUAUUCAAAACAAACAAAAAGAAAAAGAAAAGCAAGGAAACAAAAAAUCAGAUACAUCUCAGUCUCCUGAACUGGAGGAAUCAUCUUCUUCAAAGGACCAGGUUGAGAUGUACUACGAAGCCUUUCCACCUCUGUCAGAAAAACCUGUUUGUCUCCAAGAAAUUAUGACUGUGUGGAACAAAGCUAAAGCCUGCACAUAUUCCAGCUCAUCAUCAUCAUCUGCUGUCCCUCAAACAAGUACAGACACAUCCUCUCCAAAAGACUGCACCAGCGAGAGUGAGGCCUUUAAGGACCGAACACUUGAUGCACCCAGCUCCACCACCACUACAACCAGCGAGAAGACCCAGCAGCGACGCACUAAGAGGGAGAAGGAGAACCGAUUCCAUGGAAGCGAAACAGUAGUUUCUGAUGAUCAGGUUGCUCCUCAAAGUAAGAGGCAGGCCAGACACCGGUCUGAGGGAAGGUUCCGUCCCAGAUCAUGGUCCUCUGGCUCUAGUGAGGCUGGCUCAAGCUCCAGUGGUAACCAGGGUGACCAGACCUCUAGUUGCAAAGCUGUCCGUAUCAGACACAAGUCUCGAGAGGUCAACAGCCGAAACAAAAGAGUGCGCAAUAGUGGGCAGGUCAAACUGGCCCUAAAAGUUGUUGACAAAGAGGGGCGGAAAAAUGCACGUGGCAGCAUCAGUACCACUGGAGGCCCAUGUAAGCAACAACAGCAGUACAUUAAAAAAGGCAAGAGACCUCUGAGGGAGAUACGCAAAGAUGCUAAUCUGGUUGAAGCACAGGAGUCAGGAGGAGAGGCCAGUAAAAAGGAAUAUAUGGAGGAACCUCUUUGGUACACAGAGCCCAUCUCUGAAUACUUUAUCCCCCUCAGUAGAAGUAAAUUGGAGACAAAGUAUCGGAGUAAAGAAGACUCUCCUAAUGAAUUGGCCAUGUCCAUAGAUGUGGACUGUCUGUCAGAGAGAAUUCAAGGAAUUUGCAUUGCAAAUUCUUGUUUUCAACGGACAUACCUUGCAGCAGGCACUUUUGUUGAUGGGCACUUUAUUGAAGUGCCUGGUGAAGGUGACGAAGAGGCUACUGAACUAAAUGGGAUUCCAAGCUGCCCUCCUCCAGAAGAUGGUCAAGAUUUAGAUGACAAGCAUCUGUCUGAAUUCACUCACUUCUAUGAAGUUGAUCUUUUUCAAUCCAUAUUGGAUCCUAGUGCCUCAGAUGCGGUACAAGAAAGUCGAAUCUUGAACAUGAUUCGCCAGAAAAGCAUUGAGCGAAAACACUUUGAACCUGGGUGUGUAGAUUUAGAUGGCUUAGAGCUGCAAGGGGAAAGUGCAAUAAGAAUUGAUUCUCUGGGAGCCUCAGAAGCUGAUGUUUCUCUCACACAGGAUAUGGAAAACAUUGCGCAAGUGUGGGAGUGUUGUUCAUCUUCUAGUUUGGAGGAUUUAGUGGGAGAAAGUUGUGCAGGUGACUCUCCACUUAGGCUCUCCCCUGUGUUGGACAGUGUUCCAUUUAACUUUAGCAAGCUGUCUGGAGCUUUUGUAGGUCCUCAUCUCCAAGAAGCCAGCAGUAGCAUCUCUGCCCUAAAUUCCUGCUUUUCACUUUUUGAGUUGCAGUAUGAUAGUCCUACAUUUUCUUUUCCCUAUGAUUCACUCACAGGGGGUCAGGACAAUGUAGAUUCAAGUAGCUGUUUAGAUCCACAAGGAAACAAACAAUCUCGUUUGCUAAUUUGGACCAAAAACAGUGCCUUUGAUGAAACGGAACACUGCUCUAACUUAUCAACAAGGACUUGCAGUCCAUGGUCCCACUCGGAGGAGACACGGUCAGAUAGUGAGCAGAUCAAUGCUUUAGCAGAUGAAUCUGCUCAGUUUGGAAAUGAAGAGGUCAGUUGUAUCCCCCUCAUCCCACCUUCAUACCUGGAGGAAGAGCUUCUGGAUUUCUUGCAAGAGAACUCAAGUCACCAGCAGGAAGAAACAAGUUUAGGCACCGAUACCAACCAGCCCUUCAAUAAGAAAUCAAAAUUGGAGUCAGUUUGUGGAAUCGCAUUAGAGCAAGAUGAGAGUAAACUGUAUAAUGCUGUUGUGUUUUCAGAUGUCCCAAAUCAACAAUGUGAUGAAUACACCUCAGGUAUAAUAAAAGACAUUUGGAUGGCUAUUGGAGACAGAGACUGUGUCUUAACACUUGGGGUAAAGAAUACUGGGGAGCACCUGUUUUCAGAGGAGGCUACUGCCUAUCAAUGCAGUUGUCUUGACAAGGAUACAAAAGGUGAAAUUAUUCAAAGGAAAGCUGUGCAGCGUUCUGAGUACCAUCUUUGGGAUGGGCAGAAAAAGGACGAGGGACUUCCUAAAAACAAGCUCUCUAAAAUAAAUGAUGGUGACUAUACAACACCGGCCAAGCCCUGGAAUUGCAAUGCACAGGACAGCACGUCAUUUAUCCUUGGGGGGGUUUAUGGAGAACUGAAGACUCUAAGUGGUGACAGGGAAUGGGCUAUGAUUCCACCUGGUGAUGCUUGUGGCAGUUUGUUGCAGUGUGCCACAGCCACAUCUUCUGAUAUGGUAACCAUUGCAGGAGCAGAUGUGUUCAUGAACACAAGCAGCUGCUUUGCUCCUGGCCACAGGCCAUUGUGGAGACCUCUUGUGUCCCUUGGUCAAAAUGAGCAGACUACCAGGGGACCAGGGGAUUGUUUGAAUAAGGGAUUUUCUGUUGUCUUCCAUGAAGAUUUACUUGGAUCAUGUGGAGGCUUCCGUGGAGAAGAGGUGGGACUAGAUUACCCGUUUUCAUCUUUUGAUCUAAACAACCCUUUUUCCCAGGUGCUGCAUGUGGAGUGUUCCUUUGAGCCAGAAGAUAUGGCCUCUUUCAGCCCAGGUUUUAAGCCAAAAUCCAUAUUAUGCUCAGACUCAGACAAUGAGCCCUUUUGCCCUUGGUUAUAUGGCAUUAACCGAACUCAGUAUCGAGCCAUUCGAAUUUCCCCAAGGACUCAUUUCCGGCCAAUAUCUGCCUCUGAACUGUCUCCAGGUGGAUGCAGUGAGUCAGAUGUUGAGUCUGAGAAAGAAGUGAGUCUUCCAGUUGGUCAGACAGACCUUUUUGAUGACCCACAGGCUGACCUCAAGCCCCUUGAGGACGAUGCAGAGUGUGAGGGCCCUUACUAUGGGAAAUCUGAAUUGGAGUCUGGGAAGUUCUUACCCAGAUUAAAGAAGUCUGGCAUGGAGAAGAGUGCCCAGACAUCACUUGAUUCGCAGGAGGGUGGGAGCACCCUUCUGCCAAUUGCUGAACAAGAGAUAUGUGUACAUUGUGAGACGGCAGCAGUGUCAGAAUUGUGUUCUCAUGUGCAUUCCUCUGUUCUUCAACAAAAGGAAUCUAGCAGAGAGACAGAGUCUUGCCAUUGUGUUGCAACUGAUCAGAUUCCAAAAAGUGGGAAGUCACUUGAUUUGGUUCAAGAUAAGCAUGAGUUUCCUUUGUUGAAUUUUGGAGAACAGUGCUUAACUACUAUCCAGCAAGAAGAGUGCUGGUGGCAAAGUACUCUCUGUUCUCCUUUAUUUCCAGGUUCUCAGUGCAGAGGAAGCAGUAAUGUAUGAAUCUUCUGCUGAACACAGAGGCAUACCAAUGCAAUUUUACUCCUGUCACCUUCAACCAUAACCCAAAGGAGGGAUGGGAAGAUCCUCUCAAGAACAGCAAGUGCAGGGCCAACAGUGGGCUUUUACCCAACCACACUGUCCUAAGCCCUAUUAAUCUGGUCACCUAUAAUAGCAUAUCAGCAAGAAAAUUCAGAGAGAGGAAAGACAUGGCAAUAGGUUGAACAUACAGUUAGAUGAUUCUGUUCAACAGCAUUAUUAUUGACUUAUUUUCAGUCUGUUUAUUCCAAGGUUGAUCAAAAAAAGAAUAAAAAAAAGGCUUAGUUUAACAUUUAAAAAUGUUUUUUUUUUUUUUUUUUUUUUUUUUUUUUUUUACCCCUUAUAGAUUUUAGCUUCUCUUUUACGUUUCAUCUAGGAUACACUCUAGCUGUGGUCCUACUGAUUGUGCAUGUGCUUGUGAACCUAGUCUCAGUCCUUCUAAUAUUAUAAGUUUCUGUGACCUAACUAUGAAUACUCAGAAGGUUGAAAGCACCAUGACUGCCCCCCCCCCCCCCCAAUCGUUUUCCCAUUAAAAGUGUGACAACUGAGGAUUCUUGAAUAAUAUGCCUUUAUUAAUUUUGUAAACAAGAAAAUAACUAAUGAGUGUUUCCAGUAACGGCAGUUGAUUGCUUAAAGGGUGUUCGAUUUCAUGGUCAUUUUCUCCUAACUUUUGUACCAGAAAUCCAUGGCUGUUUCAGUGUGUACAAAUACAUACUACACACAGCAUGGGCCUUACCUGGCAAGAUCUAAAGUAAGAGGGGUGAUUAAAAGCAAUAUAAUAUUUUGGCACGCCAGAACUUCAACCUUAUAAUAUUGUUGUAUUUGAUAUGUUUUGUGUGUUAAAUCCUAAGAGGAACAUACAGAGGUUUUAUUUCUGGGGUAUGUUGGCUUUUGUUUGUUGGUUUAUUUCCUUUUUUUUUUCCCCCCAGUGAAUGAGGCCUAAACUACUUUGUACUUAGUAUGAAAGGUUGCUUGCCUAAUAUAUAUAUAUAUAUAUAUAUAUAUAUAUAUA